AUGCAUGUUGCACUGCGGCCACGCAGCGGUUGCCUGGUGCUCUGCCUGUGCCUGUCUGUGUUCACCCUGCUGCUCCAAAGCUUCUGGGUGCCCCUUGAGAUGACCAGGGAUGGACCUGCUGGGAGGUCCCCUCAGGAACAAGGUCAGCGGGGUCUUGGCUUUCGUAGGCUGGCGCUCCGCUUGGAGGCUUUGAGUACUCAGGUGCAGAGGCUGAGCAGAGAGAGAGGUCAGGUCACCCAGCUGAGCAGAGAUGAUCUCAGUCUGUUGCUGCAAAGCUUCAGGCAGGAUCAGCAAGGCUUAGCUCGCCUGGUGGUGAGGGAGCUGAAGAGAGUGUCUCAGCGGCUUGACCAGCUCAGCCGCCACCAGCAGCAUCACCAUCAGUCUCACACUCCAUCACACGUCCUCCGACCACACGCAGGGCCCGAGGAGAAGUGUGAGGUGCCAAUGGAUCGUGCGUAUCCGGUGUGUGCGGAGAAAGUGGAGUUCCUGCGGGCUCGUUGGCAGUCAGACCCCUGCUAUGCCUUUUAUGGGGUGGAUGGUACCACCUGCUCCAUAUUGACAUACCUUAGCCAAAUAGAGGACUUUUGUCCCUUUCGCUUUGGAGGAAACCACUCUGCACUGCCAUGGCACCAGGAACCUCACGCUUACACAGAGAAGGCGGAGAUACGUACAACUCUGAGCCUACUGUAUGAGGUCAUCGGCAGCAGCAAUGGUCCGGCCGUGAACUUCAUCCGGUCCAGAGUGGAAAGGAUGUCUGAGCGGUGGAUAGAGGCGGCUCGGAGGAUGAGGCAAAGCAGCAACAACACCGUCUCGACCCAGAUGAGGGUGCUGCUUUAUCCUGGGGCCCUGGCUGGCAGUCUUGGCCAGCGUUUUGAGGCCCUGGUGGAUCGAGGGGGUCCUCUAGGGGAGCUGGUCCAGUGGGCCGACCUCAGCGCUUGUCUGACAAUCCUGGGCCACAACUUAACCUUCAGCACCUCACAGCAACUGCUCCACAGCCUGAUAGGUGCUGCGCCAGGCCGAGGCAGUUGUCCAAUCCAGAGGCCCCUGACCUUUGACCUCAUCUACACUGACUACCAUGGCCUUGCUCACCUUCAUGGCGCCAUGGGACUGGCUUUCCUGCAUUACCAGUGUCGCUUCAGAAUCCUGGACUCUUUUGGCACUGAACCAGCCUUUAACUUGGGGAGUUAUGCGCGUAGUCAUGGAUACAAAACACUGUGGGGAAGCUGGGGACUGCAGCCUCUGCAAUACAUGACCCUGUUCCCUCACACUCCUGAUAACUCCUUCCUGGGCUUUGUGAGUGAGGAAGCAGCGAGGGAGGAGGUGAGGGAGGAAGAGCUGGAGCCAGACAGCUACAGGAAAGACAGGAUAGCAGUCAUCUACGGCAAACAAGACUACAUGUGGCAGGGUAAAUCUGAGUAUGUGGAGGUGAUCAGUGAAGAGAUGGAGACCCACGCUACAGUCUACCAGCCUCCAGGACUCGCCUCUCAUCUGCCCAGCUCCAUCAGAAACCACGGCCUGCUGACUCAGGAACUCUUCCUACGACUUCUACGCAGAGCCAAGGUGUUUGUAGGUCUUGGCUUCCCCUAUGAGGGACCGGCACCCAUUGAGGCAAUAGCCCUGGGCUGUGUCUUCCUGCAGCCACGAUUUCACCCACCACACUCAUCAGACAACAAUGAGUUCUACAAAGGGAAGCCCACCACAAGACAGAUCUCCUCCCAGCACCCUUAUGCAGAGAAAUUCAUCGGAAAACCUCACGUGUGGACCGUCGAUGUGACCAACAAGACAGAUGUACGGGAGGCCGCCAGAGCCAUUCUACGCACCGAGGUGAAGCCUUUCACUCCCCGAGAGUUCACUUGUGAGGGAAUGCUGGAGAGGGUUCGUGGCUAUAUCGCUCACCAGAAUUUUUGCACUAAAUCUGUCCAUACUUGGCCACCAGAAAGUGCUCUAAGGGUUCACCUGGGUCCCCUGGGUCAGUCAUGCGUAAGUGUGUGUCGACGGUCCUCCCUCGUGUGUGAGCCAUCUCUGUUUCACCACCUAAACAGUCCUGCUGCGUUCGCCAGACUCAGUAUAGGCUGCUCCAGCAUGGGAAAGGAAGUCAACCACCUGUUUCCUUCCUACAGCCCUUGGGGCCGACACUGUGGCCUUCAGCAGGAGCCUCUGCUGUUCAGUUGUGCCGGCUCCGACCCCUCUCACCGCAGGUUGUGUCCCUGCAGAGCUCACCUACCUGGACAAGUGGCCCUGUGCCCUGACUGCCUCUAA